UUUACAGUAAACAAGUUGACGCGAAACAUAGUCGUUCGCGAAACGUAUCGGUACCAAUGCGAUCCGUGUAUUAAUUUCUUCUUCCAUUGGUUACGCGACUGAUCGAAAGUCUGGCAAACACGCGUUUCAAUUGAAAUCGUUCGUUCGAGGUUUAAUCAAUUCAAUUUCAACACAGUUUCUCAGUUCCAAGCAGUGUUUUAGUUAUCUAUAUAUAUAUAUAUAUAUAUUUAUAUAAAAAUGGCUGUGUCGACAAUGUGGAUUAAAAACAACAUGCUCUUCUCACCAGGCCAAAGCGACAGACAACUGACAGAAGCUGAACUAAAAGUUCAACGAUCCUUGCAGAGGCUUUCUAUCCCAGAUUGGUACUUGAACAAGCGUUCAAAUCCACCAAGGAUACUGAAUGUCACCCCUAUCGAGUGUCGUCUACCGUUCUGGAAAAGUUUCGAAUCCAACAAGGAUUCCACGAUGAACUCGACUUUGUCAAACCUAUCAGUUUCAGACAAUUUCUCGCAAACAAAGUCACCGAAAACCAGCAAAACCAGCAACAGUUCCAACAUUGCUCGGCAACAAAAGUCUCCAGAAGCAAGACACAGCAAGUCACCGUUCAAGAGUUCAGAGCAGCCUUUCGACACCACGAUCCCCGACGUCCAUCUUCCGAUCAACGUCAGCAAAACUCUGCCGAAAAUGUCGCCCUCGAGAAAGGUGCAAAACAUAAACAUCGUUCUCCCACUUGGUCCACCGAUAGAGAUUCCCGACGAUCUGGAAACAGACAUCUCCGAGGCCAGGUACAACAAGUUUUUGCUGAGGAAGCAGCAGUUCGAGGCCAUAAAGAGGAAUUAUCAAGAGUCUAUAAAACGCUACAACGAAUCCGUCAGGAGCUACAAUGACUUUACCAAAAGUUGCAACUGUGGCAACUCGAAGAGGAGUGGUGACGACGAUUCUACCAACAACGACACCGAUUCUACCAAGAAUAACAAGAGUACCCAAAAGACGGCAACGAACAGCUCCAGAAACGAUAGUCUUUUUCUACCUUUGGAAAUGACCGAGCAGCAGAACCCUGUCACUCCUAAACCGAGAUGUUUCAGGGUGCGAGCCACCUCCACCCCCAAGUUCACUCCAGCCAAUCUCUUCUCCUCGACCAUCAUCGAAGAGAGUCCCAAAACGAAGAAGACACCCUGCCGCAGCAUCCUCGAGAAAUCCUCCAUCUUCGAGAGGAACUGUUUGUCGAGUAGCACGGAGCCGCCAGGUGACGCGGCCAAGUCGAAGACGAAGAAGCUGUCGGAUAGUCUGCUCGAGAAGGCAUCGAUCUUCGAAAGUCAGCUCUCCUCCAGUUCCAUGGACGCGUCCAACAAGCCUGAUCCGCCGAGCCAACGUCUGGACAAGAACAUCAACUCGACCGACUCGAUUCUCUUGGAGAACGACGACUCCACUCUGUCGGAGAGACCAUCCAUGGUUCGCGAUCUGGUGAAGAGGCUGGAGGUCUCCCUGAACGGCCUUUGCAGCCCAGAAGAGAAAUCGAAAUCGAAAUCAAAGCUAACCUGGAAAACCAGACGCUCCCUGCCAGAGACCAAGUCCCAGGAGAUAAAGACUCCCGUGGCAGCGCAGAGAAGGAUCAGCCUCGACUCGAGGAACCAGUCAAAUGUUCAACCAAGGAACGCAAACGUUGAUUUUCGAUCGCCUUGCACGAGGUUCCUCAGCUCGAACCAGAAAUCCACAGCCCUGGAGAAGAUCGUAAAGAGCAAGCAGCCUUCCAGGGACAAGAGCGCCGUACGCGAGAUAAUCGAAAUGUUGACGGAGAAGCUGAGAGAGUCGUCGUCCUCGCGACAAAACGGACCCGUGGAAAUGAAUCAUAGGUUCGUGAAGAAAGUGGUGGAUAUCCUGGAGAAAGGUGGAGACUUGUCUGUUGUCGAGGAGACGAGCAACGAGAGGAAGCCCGAUGUCCUCGAGAGCUGCAGCGAGUCGGACAAGUCGUCCGUCGCGUCGUCCUCGUCGAAAGAGACAGACAGCAGCAGCGACUCCGAUCAGAGAUCAUCGAGAACCGACAGAACGUUCAGCUAUGGGACUAUGGAGACGAGCAAGUCGAUGGACGAGCAGAAGACGCGGCAACAGGAGGAUUCCGUUUACUGGAUACCCGUAUCCAGAUGCAAAUUGCCCAGGACCAGUUCCUUGUUGAGCCUGACGUCCAAGUUGUCAGCCACGGGACAAUCUCCUUGCGUCAGUCCAAUCAGGAGCGAAAGCGAGGCAGGAGACCGGCUUGCUCCGUGGGGUGCCACCUACGGAAGGACGAAUGCCCUCUCCAGGAAGCUGUUCAGGAUCGACGAAACCAUAGUGAUCGACUCUGGCUACUCCGACAGGUCCGACAAGUCGACUGGUGGAUGCUCGUUAACGGACAGCACUUGGUCAGCCGAGGAUUCCUGCGAGGAGAUGAGAUCUACUCGAGUCAAGAGGUCCUCCUCCAGGCGUAAGUCGAUCGCUGGCCAUACUUUUCGUGUUCAUGCUUGACUAUGGUGAACGGAUAUAGGAAACGGUGUCAGGGAAACUGUAUUCCAGGUUUACGGAGAUUUCUGUAAGUAGUGAGAGAAAUAAUGCUUUAAUAAAGUUAAUUAGACGGCUUAGACGAAAAUUAAUUUGGAAUUUUGCUCGUGUUUUUGUACGAAUAAGUGUCGGCAUCGGUGAAAAUAGGUACAAGUCGAAAUGAUCGUGGUCCGUAAACGUCCAAUUAAACGAGCGUUCGCGAGGUUAUCUCUACCCAAUUCUGCCGAGGAAGCAUCAAUUGGAGAUCGAGUUUCGAUCCAAGCUUCAAAGCGCUUGAAUUGCUAAGAUUUUAAACUGUAACGAAUGUAAUAUACAUAGUCGUAGGCUGUAGAAAAGGUCCCAGAGUUCCCAUUGCUCUGUUGAAACUCUGGGGAAUCAUUUGUGAACGCGAAAAUAUUUUUUUCUAAUCUUUCAAGAAUUCGAAAAGCCCCUCGUUCUCUUUUAUCGAACUCGAAACUCUUGCGUUAGCCAUUGUAAUUGUUUAAUUAAUUAUACAAUACAUCGAUU